AUGCUGAUUAUCGCUCACAAGCUUCAACAACAUGGCUGCCCGACACUGGAUGCAAUGGUCAUGCUGCCAUGGAUCACAACGGCCUUGAUCACUCAGAACCAUACUAUGGACACGUGUACACGGAAAACCCUCCUCACGGGUCCAAGUAACAACGGGCUCUACUCCAUCUGUGUGCCAUCCAUUCGUCCUCUCCACAAAGUUGCCUUUUCUGCUGUUCGUGCUUCUACAGAUACAUGGCAUCGAAGACUCGGAGAUCCUCAUCCAGAUCUAUUGAAGUCUAUGUUACCAAUUUUUUCACUUCCUUUUUUUCCUUUUGCUCAAAAGUCCAUCCCAGUCCCUACCCCACCACCCAACGAUCACUCUCCUUAUGUCUCCUUUUUUCCCUCACACCAACCUGACCUUCCCGACUCACCCACCGAACCCGCGACAAAUAUAUCCAACCCACCACCACAACCGGCACAGCCCCAAUCCACAAAUGUACCCAACACACCACCACAACCGGCCCAACCGCAACCGGACCAACAGCUUCCUCAAACUCAACCUACACAUACAACCACCUCACAUGAUACACCACCCCCUCCACCACCACCACCACCUCGUACUCGCCCUGCCAAUCUUCGCCAAAAUCCACCCAAACCUAACCGAUACAACCCCUCUGCCUACCAUACUACCACUGAGUCCAACAAUCUUGAACCAACUACUUUCACUGUUGCUAACAAAAGUCCUGAAUGGCAGCAUGCCAUGUCUGAAGAAUACAAGGCUCUCAUGAAAAAAUGGCACGUGGACUCUUGUUCCUCCGGUCUCGAAUGUUAA